UCUUAUUGACGUGGAUGUAGAGGCAUGUCGCUGGCGCGUAGUACAAUUUAUAAAGUUGUAUAUUAAUUACAGUAUAAUAAAGCAUGCGGGGGACGAGGGGGCGCGCCGCGCUCUCAUAUUCCGUAUAUUGAUUGUGUGCGAGGGGGCCGGGGCAAGGAGGGGGCCACAGCGUGCCCCACUCUGUUUUUUACGACACGGCUUUCUGUGUAACAUAAUUAUUGUAUUAAAUUUUGUGAAAUGUCUCGGUGUUACUUGUGAAAAAUCUGGGUGCCGGAAACGCGAAUACGAGAUGCAGGGGCUGGUGAGCGACAAGACGUUCCACUUGAAGUGGAACAACCACCUGCAGAACCUGAGCCAGCUGUUUACGACCAUCUACUCGUCGUCAGCGCUGGCGGACGUCACGCUCUCCUGCCGCGAUGGGACCCUCAAGGCGCACAAACUUGUGCUCUCAGCUUGUAGUCCGUAUUUCGAACAAAUAUUCAAGGACAAUCCAUGUCAGCACCCCAUCGUGAUUUUAAAAGGGAUCCCUUUUUCUGAGAUCAACCUCCUUGUGGAAUUCAUGUACAAAGGGUCAGUGGAUGUUCAAGAAUUGGACCUGCAGUCAUUAAUGCAUACAGCUUCCGAGUUAGAGAUCCGAGGACUAGCUUAUGAAGCUCGUGACAAUGCUGCCCAGCUUUUAAAUGUGAAUUUAGAGUACCCCACAACAUAUCCACAGACAGCAACUUCCACUCAAUCCUCGUUUCAACAAGCUCGUGCAACAGACGUUGAAAGACUAAAACAGAUACACAUGUACCAGCAAUCAAUGAUGCGUGCCGAAGAGAUUAGGCGGAGGCGUCGCGACGACAACCCUGGAACGCACACGGCGGUCAAUAAUAUUUUAGCUGCUGCAGCCAGGGAAAUGGAAGAGGCUAGGAAUGCUGCAAGAGUCAGCGAACGCGUCGCUGCCACUAUACAGACGGAGCACGAGCAGGCUCUCGCAGCGGCCACGUCAACGACACCAGAACUAAAGCGUGAAUCUGAAGACGAUCGCCCCAAAAAACGGGUCUCGAUUUUGUCACCGGAAGACGACAAAAUGAGGGCCAAGAAGAAACCUAUGACAGUACGUUUCCAAGACGAGAAAGCUGACGAAAGAUCCAGCAAAGUGACUUCACCCGGGGCGGCCAGUAAUGAUUCGUUGAACAAGAACGACACUACGAGCGGUAUUAAGGUGGUGCAACUCUCGAUGCUACAGAAGCCCCCGAACAACGAACACGACGACUCCGACGAGAAGUCUGGUCACAAAGGCGUGAUGGACGACGACGAGGAAACAGACUCGAGUGGUUCGAUGUCGGAUUCGGCCGCGAACGACGCGCAGGACGGGCGCCCGCACGUCUGCGACGUGUGCGAUCUGAGAUUCCAAAGGUCAUCGCACCUGAGCCGCCACAAGCUGACCCACACGGGCGAGCGACCCUACACGUGCGGCGGCUGCGGGAGGUCCUUCGCUAGAUCUGACAAGCUAAGAAUGCACACCAAGAUCUGUGAGAGGGAGGACCCAACAGUGGACAUGACAAACGACGCGCCGUCAAAUAAACGCGAGAGCAACUCGGAAGUGAUGUCGGGCAUGGUGCGGAGCACGCACCGCGAGUCCGGCCACCUGGUGUUCACGCCGGGCGGUGACGUCAUGCUGCCCCCCCGCCCCGCGCCCGCCGUGCUGGAGCGCGCCGACCCCCCGCCCGACGGCAUGCUCGACCCCCCGCGGAGGGGGCGCGGCCGGCCCAGGAAGACUCCUCUGCCUCUAACGCCUAAAAUCAAGAAGAAGAGAGGUCGCCCCCCUAAGACGUCGCUCGACCUGGAAGGUUGCGUACUAACGAGCGGCUCAGUGAUGGGUCCGAGCCCUCAGCAGAUCUCCCACAUCGCGACUCCCUCCGGACACCAACUGUUACUCAAGAGGAAACGUGGACGACCUCCGAAGAAUUAUUUCAUGCCCAAACAAGGUAUGGAUGUCGAUUUAGCGAUGCAGUACGGACUAGCCGCUGAACUGAACAAAAUUUAUGGACGUCCGAACGAAAACUACAAUGCGACUAAUCUACCCUUCGGCGACUUCUCGUACCUGACGGAAAUGAUCUACAACCCCAUGACGUACAGCUACGGCGUGACCAGCGUCGACCCGGACCGGAACGUCGACACCGACCAGAGCAUGUCCACCGAGCCGCACGACCGGACCAUCGACGUGUCCGACACGUCAUCGGACGACGACGACUCGCGAGUCGAGCCGGAAGAGAACAUCCCUGCCGUUGCCAUGGAAACGCAGAUCAUGACCGUCGGCGACUGUCAGAUCGUCAAACUUCCCGCCAACAACGAUGAUAAGGACGACAAAAUUGAUCAAUCGGCUGAGGGUAGUGUAGUGACGUCAUCGACUCCUAGCUCGGUCACCAUCACCCCUAUAACCACAGUGGGCGACUGCACCAUACGGCCCGUCGAGAACACAUAAUGUGUGCAACCGUCUGUCCCCAUAAUAUGCGGAGGUCUGCUUCUAUGGUUCGUGUGAGCGCGUCGCGACGUUUCCCUGUAAUCGAUUAUUUUAAUUAUGUCGAUAGUAUCGAUCGAUACUGAAUCAGUAUUCUACUUAGGUAUAGUUUUACAAAUUUUAAACUUUUUAGUUUUAAUCAUACAAUACAUCAUCCGGUUUUCGAGUGUCGUAACGUUGUUAAUUAACGAUAAGAAUAAUUGGAAUUGAAAUUUUUUUUAUCGAUUUUUUGAUGAAUCGUUUUUGGUUUGGCACGACAAAAAAUACUCUUGUACAAACGUUAUAUGGUUUAGGGUUUUAGUUUGUAAGAAUGAAAGACUUAUGAAACGACAUAGUUAAAUUACAGGGAGACGCCAUGUUCGCUCACUGCGGAGUCGAGCUGGUAUGGGGAGGGCACGAUUAUCCAUUGUGGUAGCAUUUAAUUAUAAUGGCAUUUACAUGCGCCAUAAAAACAACACUAUUAUAUACUAUAAAGACAACGCUUCGAGAUACUGCAGGUUUUCUUAACUAGGGUUGAGAUAAUCGAUAAUCGAUGCGUAGUUCAACAAAACUUUUUAGUAGUGAUAUCUCGAACAACUUAUAUAAACAUAUUAUGACUAAACUUACUAAUCGAUUUAACAGUACCCACACGUGAGCGCUACAUAUUUUAUAGAUAUUUCUUUUUCAAUGGUUCGUAUUUAUUCUUGAGUUAUAUGAAUCAUGUAAGUCUUCCGUAUUCGUAAUGCUACUACAAUGACAUUGACAAAAACCAUCGAGUAUUCCUUGAAUUAGGUUUUGACUGUCGACCCGUGCAUUUAAGGAAUCAGCGAGGAAUAUUAAUUUAUUUCAUUCGAACGUUUUAUUUUAUAAACGCCAUAAGCUUUACAAUUUAAUUAAACGUGAUACUCAUAUAUAUACCUGUGUACCAGAACAAAUUCGUCACAAUCCAACAAACUUUCUACGUAAUAUAAUUAACUAGGGAUAUAAUAAUAAUAAUAAAAAACAAACAAACAAACAAAAUAGUUUCGUAUUAUUUUUACAUUAAACAUAACACCAAAUACAGAUUGAAUAUUAGUCUCGGCGGAAAGCUCCCUCUGCACAUUGACUAAUAGAUUUAAUAUUUUGCGAAUAUAUAAGUAUACAUUAGACGCGUCGUAACACGCGAAGUUACGAAGCGAUAAUAUUUAGAUGCGCUGUUCGCGACAUGCACUAACGAAGUUGCCUUCAAUGGUUUUAACUGUAAUCGUAUAGUAAUAAGGGGCACUUCUCAAAAAUAUUACACUUGCGGCCACGAACGCGUCGGCAGUGUAGAUCUCUCGGUCGAUCUGAUGCAACACGAGAGACUGACUUCCAUUAUAUGUUAACGUUAAUAUUUUUGAGCAGUGCGAUAAAGUUUCGUGUAAAUUAUCGAACAAGUCGCGUUCGUAUCGAUAAUAUAUAAAGAAUAUCGAUAGGUUUAAUCACUCAAUACUCUAAUCGGUUUUAAAACGAUUUUCUCAAUUUAUUAUUGUGUAGGAGGAAAUCGAUUAAAUAAUAAUCGCGAACGAUCAAACCUAACCUUGUGUUUAAAUUUAUAAGCGGUGUUCGUAUAAUAAAUGUUUGGGUUUGAUUCGAUCGAUGUAAUAAUUCCCGAGAAUUGUCUGUGGUGGUUUUGAUUCCACAAAAAAAAUAAGAAGGUCUGAUCUAUUCGGUAUAUAUGGAAAUUUUCGUGCAUUUUUUUUUGGUGUUGUCAAUCUGUAGACUGUCUUUUUUGGAUCAAUUAUUGAAGAAAUACCUUCUGUUUCGAACAGGGUUAAAUUAUCGAUGUUUUAGUGAAGUGAUUAUUGGAUGACUUUUAUUUAUUUAUUGCAUAAACAAUGGUGAAUCCUAAUCUGGUGGUAAGUGGUUAAUCUGAGUUCAUAGACAUAUCACAACGUGAAUGUCGCCAGUGAGACUUCAAAAAUAUAUAUCAAUUGUUCUGUAAUUAGACAUGUUACAAUUAUCGCGAGUUUAUUACACGAUGUUAUUCGUGCGCCAUUGAAGUCAUUCAUGAACAUUUGUCAAGUACGUAUUUCAUUACAAAAAUUGGUAGCUGCCCGUGAGAUUCGAACACCGGCACAGUCGCAUCGCUUGAUACGAAUGUACCGGGCGACUUAUCUUUCAGCCUAAGACGACUUCAAUGAACAAUAAGUUUUCAUUGCCCAUUCACUUUUCAAUCGCGAAACAAACUCGGGUGUCCAUAAUUUUGCUUCUUAAAAGGUAAAUUGAUCCUGAAUUCUAACCAGCCCAUUUACUAGACAACUUUCAAACAACCUCUAAAGCUAAAAGUAACAUUAAAUUUUUCUAGUGAUGAUAUUUUCAAACCGCGCGUUCCGAUGUUGUCUCUAUUGUCAAAUUGUCUGACUGACAUUACCGACGAUAUAUUUUUUACUGGCUCCAAUUAGAGCCACCACAGACGCGUCUCAAUAAAAAUGGCGCGAACUUAGAAUCUGAUUGGCUGUAUGUACGCCGUUUCCUUAGGCAUAAACUAGUUGCGCACGCUACGUCGCCUCUCAUGCUCUUGUAUCGGCCACUGUGAAUACUAGACUGUAGUUUAUGUAGUGUCUUAGUAAUGUAAUAUUCUAAAUAUUGAUAACGACUCGGCAACACCACGCGAACAAGUGAUACAUACAUACGUCUUAGCUGAUUAUUUGUAGUGGAACUUGUAACGUUAAUAACAAUAUUUAUAUGUUUAUUUUAAUUUUGCUCGGUAAUGCGAAGAAGAAAAAAAGUUUUUUUCUUUUCUUUCAAAAACGUGAUUCUUUGUAAUACAUGUUUUGAAUCAAAUAUCAAGAUUAUUUUUAAAUAGAUUUGUCCACUAUUUAAUGGAUGUUAUUAUACAUAUAAACCUUCCUCUUCAAUCACUCCAUCUAUUAAAAAAAACCGCAUCAAAAUCCGUUGCGUAGUUUUAAAGAUUUAAGCAUACAUAGGGAUAUAGGGACAGAGAAAGCGAGUUUGUUUUAUACUAUGUAGUGAUAAUACAAUCGUGGACUAUGACUAGUGUUAGAUAUUUCUACCUGCAGAGACUGAUGGGGUAGCUAAGUACGUGAAUUUCGGUGACAAUUAUGUUUCGCCUAAUUCCAGUUAUUGUGUUUAUUCAUAAUAAUAGUGUCGGUGUGUGCCUUAGACCGAGUUGGACCUGACUCUAUCGGUCUAGUGGUGCGUUAUUCGGAACAGCACUCUAAGGAAUGUGCAUUCGAUUUCCGGCUGGUGGACUUUGUUAAAGUUAUCCGAUAAUACAUAGUGUGUUUGUGAAAAAUUUCAGCUUGGGUUUUUAAUUUGGAACGUUUGGGAAAAGAAAACGAUCUUUGGAUUUAAAAAAAAGCUUUUAACACGCAGUUCAUUAAAGAGUUAUUACCCAAAAAAAGGUGUUUAGCAAACUCAAUAUCAAAAUGAUAUUUGAUUCAAAAUUCGUAAACAGAGAAUGCAAAUAAGAACCCCACAACACAAAGACAGCUACUCGCUAAUGGUGGCUGUUAGACAGCCAAUGUUGGCGCUUCUAAAUUAGUUCCUCGUUUUAUUUAUAAUUUUCAAAUCCAAAAUAUUGUUUAAAAAUUAAAACUUUGCAUAUUUAACAAAAAUAUCUUUAUAUAUAUAUAACAAAAAUAUCUUCAAAGUAUUAAAACUCUUAAUUGGUAAACGUAUUUUCUUUAAUCUGUACAGUAGUAUAUAGUUCCUAACAUGUAAUCGAUACAAAAUUAUAACCCUCUUGGAAUAUUAGUGUAGGAAAGUAAAGUUAAUUUUUAUUUUGGGGCCGCGUCGCCUUUACCGUAUAAUAAAAUUAAAAAAAAAAAACAGAAUCGACAAUAUUUCGUAUGGCAACAUUAUCUGAGAAAAACAUAACAAAUUAACCUAAUGCGGAUUUAGAAUAUUUUAGAACUGUCAUUUGAGUUUAGCAACCGGCGGCGCGGCGUCCAUGCUAGUGAUAAGUUUUUUUAUAUUUUAUUUCGUAAUUCAAUCCUUUUAAUUAUUAUUAUUAUUUUUAAAGUAUUCAUUAAUUCGUCUAAUCAUUGAAUCGAUUUCGUUGACGGAAUAGUUAUUACGUAUUUUAAUGAAGACUGCUCGGUAUCGCUUUCUGUUCGUAUUAUUUCGCUUGAUGUCCUUAAUUUUGUAUUUGCAAUCGUUCAAAUACGAAUAUCGUAUCUGACAAUAUUUAAAAUUUAGUACACAACAGUGCGUUCAUUCAAUCAUUGACAGCUCAAAUGUUAUUCACAAUUUGAACUAAAAAUAAUAAUGAGUCUUUUGAAAAUACUAAAUCUUCGUGAAUAUUGGUAGGCAGCGGCAUGGCUCUGCCCCUGGCUUUGCUGAAGUCCGUGGGCGACGGUAACCACUCACCAUCAGGUGGGCCGUAUGCUCGUCUGCCUACUAAAGCAAAAAAAAAAAUAAAAAAAAAAUUAAGCAAAUGAAGAAACCGCUUGAUAAGCAGAGAACAAAAUUGUUCUAAGCUAUUUUGUUUUUCCCAAUUUCCUAUAAAGAUAUGUGCAGCAAAUUUCUUUGUAAUUUCAGAGGCAAGACUGAAUAUGCUAAUUCUUUUUAACAUUAUUCUUGAUACUGCCUUUGGAGUAUCGUGUUAUCAAUUAUCAAUUUAUUCAUGUUUCUUGUCCAUUCCCAGUGCAAUCAUCAAAGAAAUUAUAAAGAUUGACCGCUAUUUUCGGUCCAAACCUCCUAUAGUUUAAACUUUAAUUUUAGACUGAAUCAGUUCUGCAUAACCACAUCCAUCGAUUUAGUUUUCGCAUCGACGACUCAUCAUGGCUAUUUAUUAAUUUCGUUAUUUAUUGUCUGCGAAGUCGACUGAGCGAUUGCGAGUACAAAGAGUUGUAUUGUAUAAGUAGCCCUCGAGAGGCAUUGAAGCUGAGUCUCAGGCGGCAAGCUAAGCUUAUUGAGAAUUAUUUAAUAUAGGAAUCUGUAUUUUUAUAAUGAUACUUAAGAUAAGUUGAGUGGGAGCCGGUAUUGGAUUUGUUUGCGAUUUGAUCUAUUCAUUUUUAUACUUGUGUUAUUGUGGAAGCCCUAUUGGCUGAUUGGCCUGGUUAAGUUUAAAGAGCUGUUCUGAUUGGUUGAUAUAUAUAUACAUACACCUUUCUAUCAUUCACAUCGAUUUCCCUCAUUAAAUUCGUGUACACGAGAAAUAAAUACAUAUUUUAUAUCAAUUGCGUUUACGAUCGAGGUAUUUAUUUAUCAUUAUAUUAAAUGAAAAAGUAUUUCAUGUAAAAUGUACACAGAUUUUGUGUUUUUUUUUUUUAAAUGUUUGUUUACUUCAAUGAUUAUCGGGCUACAUAAUAGCGGGUGUGUCGUUAAAAUCAUUGUUUAAUUUACGUAUUUAAUCACAAGCAUACUUAAAAGAGGUUAUUGAAAUUUUAAAUUUAAGGUGAAAUUUACAUAAUACCAUACUUAGCUUGGGAUCAAUAACAUAUCCCAUGCGUUGCGGCAGUCAAUUAGAAAAGUGUAAAAUUUUACUCUUUAUUACUCACAUAUUUCAAAUUAACAAAAAUAAAAAAUAAAUUUAACCACAAUUCCGAAGACAUCGUGCUUAAAAUAAAAAAAAUAUAUACCAGCGCCGCAACGCAAAAGCCUCGAAUUAAAUACCUGAAUAUUUUUUUUGAAUCGCUCAUUCCACGAUCUUUUACAUAUUUAUAAUUUAAUGGCUCUUCUAAAUUACCUGGGCGAUUCGUUUUGAUAUUAAAAAUGUAAUGAAGUCGCAUUUGAAAAGCAAUAGAGACGUUAUUGGUAAUUUUUUAUUUUUUAAUAUUCCAAAACAUUACAUGACCUUAUAUAUCUAAAAUACACAAGUUUUUUAAAAUCGCGAACACGUAUCGUUGGAAACAAUUAACGGAAAUUAAUAAAUGCGAGAUUAAGUCGAAAAAAUAGUUUUAAUUGUGUAUUAACAAUGUUUAGAAUGAAAAGUUAAAAAAGCUCGCGUUGUUGGUAUUUGUACAGAUAUUUCCACUACCAACCCACUGGUUUAAUAUAUGAAUGGCUUAGUCGUAUAAACAGUACGUUCUCAGAAAGGCUUAAAUUAAACUCGAUUAUUGAUGCGUGUAAAAUAAUUAACACAAAAACUCGACACUCUCACACUAUUAUGUGGUCCGAGAACUCGUUCGAGAAAUAUCACGCAAUACGUAUUAUUAAUUUAUGGCAUGUUGAAAGAUUGUAUGCAUUUAUAUUUUGAGUAAAUGUUUAAUUUUAAUUAAUGUUUAUGUUCGUAAUGUCACAAUUGAGUUAAGUUGAAGUUUUUUUUUUUUUGUAUUAUGUCAUUUAUGUUAUGUACCCAGAGUUAUAAUAAAUAAUCACUAUUGGAUCGUUCACGUUUUGAAUGGCAGAUUAUUUUGAUUCUCAGCGCGUGUUUGUACGAAAAAGAUUAAAAGAUAAUAUCGAGAGAUGAGAGACUGUUUGGUUUAAGCCACAUUUCGCUUAAUGCGCCACAUUUAUCUUGGUAAUUAAAAGACCGUUUUAUUUGGUAUUAGCAUCAGCAAUUCGGUGUUUUUAAUUGAACUUCAAUUAUGUUUACCCCAUUUGAAUAGCUGAAGAAGUUUUAUUGUCAUUUGCAAGUUUGACACUUUAAAUGGCUCUCCUGUAUGUAAGGUUUUCAAAAUGUCGCUUUAAAACAUAUAGCCUUUUACCCUUCGACAUAAUUUAUUAACUUUAUUCAGACCUGAACGUAGGUAUUUUCAUAUAAAAGAACAAAACUUGAAAUACAUUUGAUUCGAUGUAAUUCGUUAAUACAAAAUUUUUGUCAUUCAAAACGCGAACGAAGUUCACGGGAUACUCCCUCCACACAUAUUACACCUGCCUAAUCAAUUAUUAUUGCAAUCAAAUUUAACCGUAAUAUGAAAAUUUUACAUAUUCACAUUACGUUACAAAAGUAUAAUAAUAUGGUGUGUGUAAUUUGAAAUUUAAACGUGUGUUGGAUGUAAUGCAGAUUCUUCUUCAAAAAUGUUAUGGUUCUUCAAAAACAAAACAAUAGUAAUUCGUCACGAUUAAGCCAAUUUAAGAUAUGUAUAAAAUAUUAGACAUUUCUUAGUAGGUUGAGCUAUGCCAUAAUUUAAAAAAAAAUAUUCAUCUAAUUAAUUACAGUCUAAAUAUUGUUUGAACAAUGUCUACUCUACAAAACAGCACACGAGUACAUUUCAUAUUUUAACGUUUAGUUGUAGUGUCCAAGGUUUUUAUAUUCCUGUAUUGUGAAAUGACUGUCAUUUUACGUUGUGAUCAUGUGAGUGCAAAAUUUUUUAUUUAAAAAAAAAAAACCAGUUUCGAUGACACUUCGUCGACAUUAGGGCAGCAGAUAUAUUUAACAUACAAUAUGUUUUUGUUCUGCACAGUCCGAGAGCAGUAUUUUUUAGAUUUAAUCUUUUAUAAUUAUAAACUUUUUAUUUUUAACGUUUAUCGAAAUUCGAACGUUAGUUUCUAACAAUGAAAUAUUUAAUAAAGAAAAUCACAAAAGUAA